UGAAGUAAUCAAACGAAAUCUCAAAAUUGGAGGUUAUAAAAAUAGUAAACAAGUUGAAUUAUUUUUACUAAGAUUAUUAUAAUAAAGUUUUAAAGCUUUAAUCUGUUAAAUAAAACAAUAACGUUAUAUGAUUCAGUCAGAACACAUAUUUUUAUUGCAAUAAAAUGAUGUUAAACGUCGUAAAUUCGUCGAAAAGAAUAUUGAGUCCACUGUGCUUGGGUUGCCGAGUGUCUCUCGUCUCAAAAUGUUAUUUUAGUGAAGGAUUAGACCAGAAAUACAAUGAUACCGAAAAGGAGAAAAUAUUGCAGGUUAUCAAUAAUUCGGAUGAUAAUAUCCUCUCUAGUUAUGAAGUAAGCAAAGCAAAUGUUAAGAGGUUCUCUCAAUGGAAAAGUAGUAAUGGAGAAAUGAAAUCAUUAUCGGACAUAGAAUAUAUCGAUGGAUUCUCAGAAAAAACGGCUAAUAAAUUAUUUAGAAGCAUACUCAGUGGUCCAAGUAAAGAAAAGAAGACAAAUGGCAAAAUUAAGGGGCAGAUUUUACAUCCAUAUUUAAGUGAUAGUGUUUUGAAGGACUGUAAAUCAGUACUAUCAGUGUACAUAACAGUAAACUCAGUGAGUUGGACGUUAAUAGACAAGAGCAGCUAUGAAGUUUUAGAAUGGAAGUACUAUGGCAUAGACUAUCCGGACGGCAAGAGGUUUCAGAUCACAGACAUAUUGGAUAUCGCAUGGCGAGUAACACAGCAGCUUCCUGAAGCCGACAUAUACGUGAUGAAGGCAGCGCCCACCACCCUCAGGGCGGCGGGCAGUGACCCCAACAACCCCAAGGUGUUAGCCGUCAACCUCCAGAAGGCACAGAUGGUGGCCAUGAUCGUAGCUUUAAUCAAUUCUAGGAAUAUGCCACAGGAAUCAUCGAACGAACAAAAUGAAGAGAAUGUUUUAAAACAGAAAGUUUAUUUUCUAAGGCCUACACUUCCAUACAGAUUAUACGGCACUUUAGUAGGCAACGAAAGAGUAUCAACAGACCAGACAGUGGAGAUCCUACUCCAGGGUUUUAGCGAAAAAUCUUCAAACAACUCACAUGCCUACAUUCCCAAACAUUUGCAGGACAUGUUUAGGUCCCAGAAAGACCUUCAAAAGGACAUGUUAGGACAUUGUCUGUUACUCAGCCUAACUUUCAUGGACCUAUGUAUAUACAACAAUAAAGAAAAAAUCGAAAAAUUAACUCGGCGUGGUGAGUAAUCUUUACCCAACUCGUUCGGCGCUCUGAUUGGUUAGUUUAUUCGAACUGGCCAAUCUGGGGCCUUAGUUCGAGUUUGCUUAACGUUUAAACGAGAUCGAAACGAGAGCGCGUCCGGCGUUGUGAUUGGUUGGUUCAUGGGAACUCCUACUAAGCUCUCAAAGCUUGGAAUGCGCUAUCGUUUCGAUUACUUUAAAGGUUAAACUCAUACUAGGGCUACUGUUGUGUAUGUAUUUGUAUAUGUAUGUUGUUGUUAAGUAGAAAAUAUAUUUUUUGAAUUUGAA